AUGGCUGCUGAUGAUAAUUUACAGAUAAGAAACGAACUGAUGGGAGCAGGAGACGAGGUCAUACUUUUACGUUAUCUGAAGCCAAUGAUCAAUGACGGAGCAUCCUGGCCUCAACUCUUCAAGGAAGACGCAGACGUGUUCAGCAAGAAUCCAAACACAGAAUUCGAUUCUGAGUACACCAUCUUCGUGAUCGUUAAUCCACGAACAGAGACGUGUGGUAAAACCGACGGAUGUGACUAUGGUUGCUGGAGGAUCAUGGCUCGUGAUAAACUGAUCAAGAACGAGGAGACAGGGAAGGUUCUAGGGUUCAAGAAGAUUCUCAAGUUCUGCGUAAAGAAGACGACGAGAGCCAGAGAGUACAAGAGAAGCUGGGUUAUGGAAGAGUACAGACUUCCGAAUAAAUGGAACCCUACCCAAGAUUACGUGAUCUGCAAGAUUCGGCUUUUGUUCCAAACCGAAUUAGGUUUCUUGCUAUCCAAGCAUCUCUCGUAUUCAUCUGGUCCGCUCCCUGCAACACCAUCGUUGCCAUCUUAUGGAUACCGUAUACCUAAUGGAGAAGAGGUGGGUCCAUAUUAUCUGCAGAAAUUGAUGAUCGGUAGCGAAAACGAAUGGCCUAGCUACGUUACCAACGACGUGUACUGCAUGCAUCCAACGUCGCUUGUGGAUCCUCAACAAGAUAAGUUGUUUGCACAAUUGGGUCUCUGCAUCUUUGCUAAUCGGACAGAGGCUUCUGGUUAUACCAAUGGUUGUGAGAGUGGUUGCUGGAGGAUCAUGGAGGGUGAUAAGCCCAUCUCUUCUAUCGUGGUCAGGGGUGAGACUUUUGGUUACAGGAGGGUUUUCAAGUUUCGCGAAGAGGGUGAUAAAGCCACAUACUCCUAUACUGAUCCCAACGGAGAAGCUGUGUUCCUGACUUGGAUUAUGGAAGAGUAUAGGCUUGCCCAAGAGGUGAUGAAGGAUAAAGUGUUGUGCGUUAUCAAGCUUCUUCCGAGGUAA